CAGAGGGCGAGGCAAGCAGCUGAGACGUGCGCUCCGCUUUUGCAAAGGAGAUUCCUCACAAUCACUGAGCGAGGAUGCCGCCCAACGGCCCGAGCGGCGUGGAUCUUCGCUCCAUCUUACAAACCGUGCAUAAUGUAAUCAAGCGUCAGACGAAACAAGUAUGUUCGGCGCCGUGCGACGGCCUGGUGCUCCGCAUGCACUACAGUUGGACCUUCUUCCUGCUGUUGGGAAACUUCCUCAUGGUGUGGCAUUCGUGGUAUUAUAAUGAGGUGAUCACCUGCGUGUCGAACUUCAACGCCGAUUCGAAGGCGAAACAGGAUUACAUCAACAUCUGCCUCUCCUACCCCUUCGUGGAAGGCAAUGGCCCCCGCCGCUAUAUCCUCUUCUACCGCUGGAUAAAGUGGUCGCUGCUGGUACUGGCGGGCGUCUAUUACAUCCCCUGGAAGGUGUCCAAGGGCAUCGACAACGCCCGCUGCAAGAAGCUGCUCGAGGAUCUGGCCAGCAAUGCGCACCACUACGAACAGCUGGAGGACAAGCUGUGGGAAAAGCAGGUGAAGCGCGCGGGGUGGUACGUCAUCUCCAACCUCAAGACGCACAACAGCCUCUACUGGAAGUACCUGGGCGUGAACAUUCUGGCGCUGGUCAUCGACCUGUCCACAAUGUAUUACCUACACUUCACUCUGCAAAACCGCUUCAUCCAAUACGGCUUCAAGGCCUUCCCCUUCGACCGUGACUCUGUGAACUUCACCGACUACAUGUCCCAGACUUUCCCGCCCUUUGUUUCCUGCGAGCUGAACUACCAGAACCGGCUGGUGAACAUGCGAACGGAGAAGUUCGGUUGCCACCUCACCAUCAUGGAGCUGUACGAGAAGGUGUUCCUGGGUCUGUGGCUGUGGCUCAUCGCCCUCAUCUUCAUCACCUUCUGCCACAUCGUCUUCCUGCUCACCAUGUGGCUGCCCUGCGUGCGUGCCUACCUGCUCCGCACCUCCAAGACCGUUCACGCCGACGACAAGGUGCAAACAGACAUACAUAAGGUGCUCAAGGACUUCAUGAUCGGCGACAUGUACCUGUUGUACCGCCUCAAGGGCCACUUCAGCCACGUCAGGUUUUACCAGCUAAUGAGGUUGAUUUCGGACAGGGACCAGUGGAAGAAGAUGCUGCCCAAAGACAAAGAAAAAAAAGACCCUCUCAACAGUAUCUUUGAAAUUGCUUAAACUAAUUGAAACUCUUUAUUAUACAUGCACAAUAAAAUGUAGCAACGUGA